CUAAUCUCUAACGCUAUCCUCAAACAGGCCCAAAAACUCUCUCUCUAUAAUCUCUACGCAUAAGAGAGAUAAAAACCACAAGAUGGACAACGGGCGCAGUUUUAUCAUAUGGGCUUGAAAGGGUUUUUAGUACUCCAUACAAACUGAAACAAAUGAGAAUGGGCCAGUGAGUUCAAUGGGCCUUAGAGUUUUAGUCCGGAUUAUUUAGUCUCUGGGCUCCCCUACAUAACAGUGAUGUGAUAUCAUUACACACCGCCAUCUCUUCCGCACGCCUCCUCCGUCGUCAACCGCCAGCAGCGGCAGCUUCCUCCCCCAUCGCCACCGCCGCCUACCGUACUCCGAUACUCGAUGCUAAAUAAUGGAGAUCAGAAGUGGGAAAGAUAAAAUAAAUGAUGAGAUUAACAAAUUGCCGAAAGAGGUAAUUGGGAUGAUUUUGCAAUUUCUGCCGCUGAAAGAACAGGCGAGAACAAGUGUGGUGUGCAAAGGGUGGAUGGCAUUAUGGUCAAACUAUUUUUCAGGAUCUUUAAGCAUUGACAUGGAAUUGCCUUCUGAGAUGUCCCUGGGUGAGGAUCAGAUUCCCUCUUGGAGGUCAAAAUUUGUUCGUAUCAUGGAUCGCCUACUUUUGGAGGAGUUGAAAUACCCAUACUUGAAGGAGUUUAAGGUCAUUUAUGUCCUCAACGACCCGAGCAUAGCGUCCAACAUUGAUCGCUGGAUCGAUGUUGUUAUGUCCAAACAAGUUGAGACGCUCGAUCUCAACUUCUUAAAACCAAUGUGCAAACCACGAUGGCACUACACUUUCUCAUUGCCUGAGCAAUGCCAUUGUUUGAAGGUUGUGCGCUUGAGGUUCAUAUGCGUUUCGGGAGAAACGCUCGAGCAACUCUUGGGCCGCUGCCCCUUUCUAGAAGAACUAAGCGUGGCCGGUUCACGUGCGUUAGCGGGUUUGAACGUUUUGCACCAGGCUUUGAAUCGUUUGGAGAUUCAUGACUAUGGUUUGAUUGAACGGGUAACAGUAGUAUCUGCCCCCAAUUUGGCUUCUUUCAAAUUCAGUGGUGAGGCAGGAGAUACUCGUGCUUUGCUCCUUGACGUGCCCUGCUUGACUGAACUUUUUUUGGGGUCAAGUUAUGCAUCUUAUGCAUUGGCUACAGAAAAUUUCCCCAAGGUGGAAAAUGACCCCCUUCAUCGAGUCUUUCGUGAUUCUACUGAGCUGUCUGAGCGUCGUUUGAAGCAAUUGACGUUGGAUCUAUCUCAUAACGGUUUUUGGGGACAGCUUUUCGGCAAUCAAGAGCGAAUUGAAAAGUUACUUGCCAACCUUACGCACUUGAACUUGAUCGUGCCCGUGGGCUCGGUUUUCAGGGAUUUAUACACUCCAUAUAACAUAUCUGAGUUGCAGAAAACAGCGUGUCCCGCAUUUCAUAAAUUUGUACCGAAGUUGGAGUGGACGGAGGUAUGCCAUAUGGAGAGGUUCUUUUCCCAUGCACUAGGCACAACUGAAGUGACCGUUAAAAAAUGGAUUUUCCAUAACACUAAUGGUGGUCUAUUCACUAUCACAUGGCGUGGCGAUUCUGAUGGACCAACAUCAUAUUUAGGGUAUCCGUAAUGGGGAGAGUGGUUAGAGGAGGUGUGUGCGGAAUAGAGGAGUGUUGGAGUUGAGGAAUAUUAUUCCCUUGAGAAACAAAGUAAACGAUUGGUCCAUUUGGAUUUUUUCUAGACAAAUCUACCCUAAUUAUAUAAGGGCUAACUUUGUCAAAUCUAACCAUUUUAGUGCUUUUUCCAUCAUUCCUUUAGCACUCCCUUUAUGUACUGCUGGCCCACUCCUUAAAUAUUCCCACGAUGUUUCUACCCCUCAAUUCGCUGCCCCGUUUUUUCCACAAUUGACCCAACGGUUACCACCCCUAUCCGGCAUCACCAUCACGCCAAUGGUCCACUCCUCCACGGUCCAUCACCAAGAGCUAUCAUGUUCGGGAGUAUAUGCAAGGUACAAAUUCAUGCCUGUUGUGACUAGAAAUCCACGUCCGCGAAGCAGCCAUUCCAACCGUAACUCCGGGCCACUAUUUCGCCUAUUGCCAUUCCAGUUUCUAGUUGCCCCUGCAGUCUGAUUCCGACCAGUUGCUGCCAGAUUUGUGCAUCUGUCCCUGGUGCAUAGAAAAACCACCUCUCUAUGGUACAUCUCCAGCUUUGAAGGAGGAAUCAAGCAAAGUCGUUAAA